AUGUUGGCAACUUGCAGACACCGGGCUAAUGUACACUACCUUCUGUGGUCCAAGGUGGACAAGGUGCCGCCAUGGGUUCGACCUUUGAGAGGCAACACACUCCGAAAAGCAGUCACACACAGAAUAUCAGAGGCGCUCAAUAAAACAAAAGGACUAGUUGAGCACUGGGACGUGAACAACGAGAUCCUCCAUACCCAGUGGUUCCGGGAGACUCUCCAGGACAGGGACUACAACCUGGAGGUGUUCAGGAUCGCCCACCAGGUGGACCCCAGCAUGAAGCUGUUCUUCAACGAAAACACAGUCACAGCUCGCGGCGGAGAUACCAUGGCAUACCGUGAUAUGGCGAUGCGGUUCAAACAAGCCAGGGUCCCUGUACAUGGUAUGGGUGUCCAGACACACUUCAGGGACCUCACCGCACCAGACCCUUACCUUCUCAAGAAACGUCUGGACCUGCUUGCACAAGUUGGCCUCCCGCUGUGGGUGACCGAGCUGGACUUGUAUUCCCCGGAUGUGAACAAGCGAGCUGAUUGGUACGAGACUGCUCUGAGGUCAUUGUUCGAUCACCCGGCUGUGGACGGCAUCAUGCUGUGGGGGUUCUGGUCCGAGCAGCAGUGGCGUGGGGAACCUGCCUCGUUGGUCAGCGGACCUAACUUCCAGGUUAAUGCAGCUGGACAGAGGUUCUUUGACCUUCUGGAGAAAGAAUGGAUGACAAAUAUGACGACGAAGAUUUCCCAUGCCCACAGACAGAUAGAGGUGCGCGGUUUCCAUGGCGAUUACGAGCUAACGGCGACGUAUCAUGGACGUCCAAUACAAACAAAGACAACAUUUACUCUGGGAAAAACGGACACUCAUCCAAAACUGCACAUUCCUAGACUGUCCGCUACUAUUAUUGGAUAAAAUAUAAACUUCUUAUGACUGUGGAAUACCUGCCCAAACCUUUCAUUGAUGUACAUUUAUUGAACAGAAUAAACUACUACCUCACCAUCAUUGAGGUUUGACAGUUCUGUAGAUGCUGGCUUUCUGGGAAAAGCAGCACGGCGCGAACUUUCAAAUUCCAAAGUUGGAUAUAAUCUAAUAUAUAUGUAAAUGGUUACUAAAACCUCUGUGGAAUUCUUGACUAGUGGACCAAAAGGUUUAGUUGUUAUAUGCUUUAGAUGUUUGUAAUAUAAAAUAAAUUCUCCUUUAACGAAAUGUUACAGUCUACACCAGCUGCGUGAUGAUGGUGUUUCUAUUAUUGAACUGUUGUUUUGGAUUUUGCAUCGAAAAAUUUUUUUUGGGGAUUUAAACUGACUGGCGUAACAAACAUAUUUUGAAAAUUGUAUCCGGAUACAAAAAAUAGUGAAACAAGAAAGA